GCCAUUUUCAUAAUUCAGAUUCAUAGUCUGCCUCUUUUCAGGUCUCAUCGCACAAUACCCGAUCCACCACAUCACAACUCAGCUGUUGGAUAGAAACACACAUCUCUCAUAUAAACAGUCCAAAGCGAAUCCCCUCAUUAAAAACCCCCCCUCCCCCAAGAAACAAUACAAUGGCAGAGCCUCAGGAACCAUAUCCAGGCGCAGACCGCAUCCGCUCACUAACAGACCAAGACGCAAUCUUCAACGCCUUUGACGCCUAUCCCUGGACCAAAGACUCUGCCUUUCUCUCCGGUCUCCGCGCCAUCCUCGGCACCCCAAACUCCUCCAACCCACAAGGCUCCCUCCGCGACAUCGCCACCCACGCCCGCAUCUUCUACUACGCCCAGCGCAUCGGCGUCCAGAUCGACUUUUCCGCCUACCACGCCUGGCUCGCCCAGAACCCGGACCAUCAACCCCCGCACAUCAUCCCCGAGGAGUACGAACAGCAACCGUCGUCCUCAUCUCCAUCUUCUGCUACUCCCUGGCAGCAGGCUGCCCCCAAAGCAGAUCUUUAUGUCGAUCGUAGCGCCCAGUCUCACUCCGGCGAGGGGGAACCGUCUUACCCCCUUGGUUUCGCCGAGAUGAUCAAGCUCCUCCAGGAGGGCAAGCCGAUUCCUGGCAUUAGACAGAUUCCCAACACCAUUGAACGGGAUCCUACGGUGAAGCCUGUUGGAUCACGGCCCGUUCCCAGAAAGCCUUGGGAGAAGGAGGCAUCUACAAAUGUCGAGGCGGGUGCCGGCGGUGUUGAGAACACACUUGAUCUCGAGUUCCCCCCGGUGGAGCAACAGAACGCAGCGGCAGCCACAACAGGAUCUUCAUGAUGCCGGCAGUGUCAUGGCUGCCCGAUGGUGAUGGAGAGAAACUAUCCAUAUGGCCCUCACUAUUGAAAUGCAUUCAUGGCAUCUACUGGCGGAUGCAGAUGGCCCGCGCUCCUGUUCACGUGUGACAGUUGGAUGCCAAGCUGAACAUAUCUGGUCACGAAUUAAUAAACAUACCCCCUUCAACCUGAAAUUCUGUCUCGAUUAAGCGGCCUAGCAUCAUUAUUCGAAAUUACGACCCCUUGUGCUUGAAGCACGCGGAAGCCGCAGUCAAAACAAAAAAAAGAGAAAUCCUGUAAUAAAGAGCGUCGCAACUAUUAACACAAUUAAGACUUUUUUCGUAUAACAUCCCUCCGUUGUCUCCGCCGCGCAAAACAAAAUGCAGUUUCCAUCAACGUGAUACACUCUCACUUGCUUCCCUUUUCUGCAAUUAAAAAUGUUAUAA